CUAGUCAGUUAGUCAGUUAGUCGGUAAAGAAUGUGAAUGGCAGCCAGUGCAUUUAUUAACCUGCAUACAAAGUGCACAGUGUAUAAUUAUUUCACGUUUAUCUAAUUGCGAUUUCAGCAUAUCGAGUGACUUCGCAUUUGACAAGUUUGACAGUUCUUGCUGUUGCGAUGGAUCGACUGACGAAGUUCAUCUAGGGCGUAGGUUUCGUUGGGUCUCUCAUAUGAAUAGAGGUUGAGAAAGCUGAAGAAAGGGAAAACGUUUUCUACCGAUAAAUUAGCGUCCUGCAUUUUACUGCUCAAAGAAAUCACAUCGUAUUCGAGAAGAGCAGCAGUAAGGAGAAAAGAAAUUGGAAAAAUCAUUCAAUUAUAUUGGAUAUAAAAAAAACUGCAUAAUGAGCAUUACAUUGCCUUUACGCUACACAAAAAAUAACAAUCGUCUUACAUUAAAUCAAAGAUUGUUCUACGAAAAGAAUGGAUAUUUAGUAUUUCCUGGUCUUAUAUCACAAGAUGUCAUCGAUGAAUGCCACAAGAGAUAUGACGAUAUUGUCGAAGGCAGAACUUCACGAGACGGAAUCACCGUGAUGUACGACAUAAAGGACAAGAAGACGGUAAACAAAAUACAGGACAUACAUCUGGACCCGACAUUCCGUAAAUACAUAGAACACAAGGAAAUCAUCGACAUAGUCGAGUGCUUCACGGGACCAAACGUAUUAGCGAUACACAGUAUGCUCAUCGCGAAGCCUCCCGACAUUGGAUUCGGUAGUUCAAGACAUCCGCCGCAUCAAGAUCUGUAUUACUUUCCGAUACGUCCUGCUGAUCGUAUAGUAGCAGCCUGGACAGCCAUGGAAUUGUGUAAUAGCGAAAACGGAUGUCUCUACGUAGCACCUGGAUCACAUAAUUUCGGCCAGAUAUUCCGGCAUGAUUAUCCUCCAAAUUCGGAGGGCGUGAUAAACAAGUUUUAUUACGGAAUACAGGACUUGCCUACGAUCGAUCAAUGGGUAAAUCUCGAAAUGCAAGCCGGCGAUACAGUAUUCUUCCAUCCGAUGCUCAUUCAUGGAUCCGGCGUUAACUUAUCCAAGAAUACGAGACGGGCCAUUUCUUGCCACUAUUCGACAGCCAAUUGUGAUGUCAUUGAUGACGAUCCAACUCAGGACCCCAUCAGAAAUGAGAUCGUGAAUUUUGUGAAGAAAAAAUAUCCCGGCGUAACUUUAACGUACGCGGAUAUAUGGCGCUUCAAGGCUUCGCUCGUGCGCGGUCUUCGAUCAUCUUUUUGAAUGUUUAAUAAUUAAAUUAUAUUGUAUAUUUUGAAACGGGAAUAAUAACCGGGGAUAUUAAAGUUAACAUAGUUUCGAUAUAUUUGUAUAUAUAUAAUAAUGUCAAUGUAAGAAGAGAGGUCAACAUGGGAUUCGUUUAAUGGACAAUAUGAGGUGUGACAUUCGGGAGAGAGAUGGAUAAGUAACAUUACUACAGAAGAAGAAGUAACGACAACGGCGGGACUGUCGCCGUUAUUAUUUAAUGAAUUAAAACUGCGUUGGUGUCGUUGAGAAUUCAACGGUUGUGAGACGUAACAAUGUUUCGCGAGAGGAUCUUUAUAAGUGUUCUCGUGUUGCACGCUCGAGCUCGAUGUGCGACAAACGGCUAAACAAAUCUUAAAGCGAUCCAAAUUAUGUAUACGCAGUUUCCCACCGUUUUUUUGCAUCCUCGCAGACCCCGACUUUCGACCUCUCAUUUGUAAAAUUUGCUGAAAUAAAUUUAUAUUUUAAUGACAAAUUUUAA